AUGUCUCAAGUUAGGUCUAAUACUCAGGAAAAGCUUCUUCAAAGUAAUGGCGAGAAAAAUAAGAAGACUGUUCAAAAAUGCUCACCUGUGCCUUCGUUACAUGAUCAAUUUGAAAGAAAUACGGUCAGUAUGUUGGCAAAAAAGAAAUCGCAUUGUAAUGAUGACACAUCCCCUUCAAAAAGAGUGAGAAGAGGGGUUGCACCAACUGCAUCAAAGCUAUCUAUUGCAUUCAAAGAGGCCUCUCCUAGUUUUCUUGGUGUAAAUCAACCGGAUUCUGUUCAGGAUGCAAAAAUUAUGGAAGAGAUGAAUGAGAAAUUGAUAUCGGAUGUUGGUCGAUCUAGUUCACAUAUCUCCAAUGGAACUGUACAUGAACAUGUGAAUUCCGGAGAAGUUUCUAGUGAUAGAACAGAAAGUGGGCAUGGUUCAUUACUUCACGAUUUUAAAACUAAGGAUAAAUCUAAGGCUGAGGAAAAAGGUAAACAUGUUGCUCCAAGAAAGCUGCAUAGUGAUAGGGAAACAAGCAAGGACCGUGAUUUGAACACGAGGACUUUGAGUGAGGAGCUUAAGAAGUCCGUCAAUGAGUUACACAUUUCAGGAAAUUACAAUGCCAACUUGAAGUUUUCAUCUAGAGCGAAAAACAUCAAAUUGGGAAAGCCAAGAAUUUCGUUGAAAAUUCCUGUAGAGAAAGAAAAUAAAGAGUUUGAGGGCAGUAGGCCAGAAACUGUUGAGGAAAAGAAAGAAGGUAUGCAUAUAAAGGGGAAGAAAUCUAAUGAGAAUUCACAAGAACCGUCAUCGAUACCAGGUGACCAGAUUUCUCCCUCGUAUUCAAGCUCGUUAUAUGAAGCUAUUGGGGAUUCAUACUUGUAUGAUAACUACAAGGAGGUAAAUCCUAACGAGGAAGAGGAUGAGGUGGAUUAUGUCCCUGGAGGAUAUCAUCCCGCCUACAUCGGAGAGCUCUAUAAUAAUGGAAAGUAUGUGUUGGUCAGAAAGCUUGGAUGGGGAAACUUUUCAACUGUUUGGCUUGCCAGGGAUCGUGAGACCAAUCGGCAUGUUGCAAUGAAAAUUAUCAAAAGUGCAAGAACGCAUCGGUUGACGGCCAUAGAUGAAAUUAAAAUCUUAUCAAAGAUAAAUCAUACUGAUUUAGAGCAUCCCGGACACAGGUAUUUGGUGAAAUUGCUUGAUUACUUUGAUCACCGAGGGGUGAAUGGUGUUCAUAUUUGCAUGGUUUUUGAAGUGUUGGGGGAGAACCUUGUUACUUUAAUGAUUAGAUACAAGCACCGAGGUUUGCCUAUUAAGUUUGUCAAGCAAAUAUCAAAGCAGGUUUUGUGGGCAGUUGACUUUUUACACAGAGAAUGCGGGAUAAUUCAUACUGAUAUCAAACCUGAAAAUGUUUUGCUAAAGAUAGACGAUGUGGAAAAGCUUCUUGGAUACGUUGGGAUCUCUGUGUACGAGAAAAAAAUAAAGAGAGAUCAGUUGGAACAGGGUAAGGGAUCUACCGAUUCCGAACACAAUUCGUAUCCUACCCAAAGUUCUGUGGUCACUAAGAGGAAAAGUAGAAAAUCACGCCGGCCAAGUGUGGUGAUUGGAUCACAGCCCCUUCCUUCUCCUCUAAAGCAAAGAUCGAAUUCUUUAUUUUAUUCCAGAGAAUCUUCACUCUCUGGAAGUCGUGUCCGGUCUGGAGUUUCCGCUUCGAGCUCUUCCUGGCUUCUCAGCUCAACGAAUUCCGUUUCUGGUUCAUCUAAUGCGCGUGCCAUAGCAAGAAAAGAAUCAUCUGUUGAGCCAUCGGUAGAUGCUUCUGCCUCAUACCUGGACAAUUUAAAGGCCAUGUCACAGGAAUAUCAUUCAAAUUUUGAACCUUUGGACCUUAAACCCCCGAAUGAGGAUGAGUUAGAAGAUGAUGAUGUUAUAAGGGUUAAACUCGCUGAUCUCGGCAACUCGUGUUGGAUUUGGAAGCAUUUCACAAGCGAUAUUCAGACUAGACAGUAUAGAUCACCUGAAGUUAUACUGGGAGCCGAGUGGGGCUGCUCUGCUGAUAUUUGGUCUGUUGGUUGUAUGAUAUUUGAACUUCUCACAGGUGACUACUUAUUUGAUCCAACACAUGGACAAACCUUCAGUAAGGACGAUGAUCAUUUGGCCCAAAUAAUAGAGCUCUUGGGACCAUUGCCUAAGCAUUUAAUUCGAGAUUCAAAGUACGGACGCAGGUUUUUCCACUCAGAUCAACAGACCCUGAGAAAUAUUAAAAAUUUGCAAGCAUGGCCUUUAGAAAAUGUGCUGCUGGAGAAAUACAAGUUCAGCCAAACAGAUGCUCAUGAAAUAGCCGAUUUUCUAUCUGGUAUGCUCAUUACCGAUCCAAAGCUGCGUAUGGACGCUGCAGGUUUAUCCAAUCAUUACUGGUUGAACGACUGUCAAAUUGAUGGAUAUAUUGAUCGGGAGUGUGGAACCAGAGGUGAGGAUAUUGGCGAAGGAUGGUACCGGGAAGUCCAAAGAUUACAACAUAUUACAAGAAAGACUUCAGGUCGCCAUUGA